AUGUCUUCCACCGCUAUGGCCAAGAAGAACAAGGGGAAGAAAGUCGCCGAUCCAAAUGAGACGUCAAAACUACUAGCCGCCAAAAUCUCGCAGCUAGAGCAGGAUGCUGCCGGAGAGAAAGACCAGGAGCAGGAGAUCGAGCGAGAAGUCAAGAAAGCAACCCGCGAUCUCAAUCAGCUCCUGAGCCAGUUCGAAUCCCCGAUGACCCGGCUGGAAACCGUUCACAAGAAGUACACCGAAUUGCUCACAGACAUGAAGAAGCUGGAUCGAGACUACUCCAAGAGCAAAAAGCGUGCAGACCAGCUGCAAAAGGACCAAGAUAAAAGCAAGAACGAGCUGGGCAAGACUAUGACCAUGAAGGAUAAGCUAGAGAAGUUGUGUCGCGAGCUGACAAAGGAAAACAAGAAAGUGAAGGUCAGCCGAAAUUGUUUCAUCUCAUCGUCAGUGACCGAUUACCAGGCUAACCGUCAGAUAUCUGAGCAGGAUGAGAAUAAGAAACUCGAAGACACCGAAAAGAAGGCUCGCCUUAUCGUGAACGAACGUCUCGACUCUCUUCUGUAUGACAUCCAAGACGUCAUGGCAGCAAAAGGAAACCCUCGCAAUGAAAAGGUGGAUCUGGAACUGGAGGAAGCUCUUCGUGUGAAGCUAAAGACCAUCAGCGAGCAGUUUGACACUCGUGAACUGCACUACAAGAGUCUGCUCCGUAGCAAGGACUCUGAGAUUCAAAGUCUGACCACCAAAUACGAGGAACAGCGGAGGAUCGCUGAGAAUGAAACUGCCCGAGGUCGAGCACUCAGCGCACAAGUUUCCACUUUCUCGCACACCGAGGCUGAACUGCGAAGUCAGCUCAACAUCUAUGUGGAGAAAUUCAAGCAGGUAUGCGAUUCUGAAGAUAAAGGGCCGCAGGGAGUCUGCAGGGAUCCGACGCUGACAGUCAAAAAGGUGGAGGAUACACUCAACAACAGUAAUGAACUCUUUCUUACAUUCCGCAAGGAGAUGGAAGAAAUGUCAAAGAAAACCAAGCGGUUGGAGAAGGAAAACCACACCUUGAAUCGGAAGCACGAACAGACCAAUCGGAACAUUCUUGAAAUGGCAGAAGAACGCACUCGGAAUCAGGAAGCAUUAGAGGGAUGGCGUCGGAAGUGUCAACAUCUUGAAGCUCUGUGCCGCCGGAUGCAGGCUCAAGGGCGCGGUGCAGGGCUGACAGAGUGUGACGAACACCUGGACCACGACGACGAAGGCACUGAGAGUGAAUACGACGAUGAUUACGAGGACGAGGAAGAGUUAAGUGAGGAAGGUGAGCUGGAUGGGCCUGACCGUGACAUUCCUCGUACCGAAGGGCCUUCCGAACGGCCUGUCUUUGGACCACCUCCCCUCCCAAUCUGCUUGAGGCACGGGCAUCGCAGAAUGCUCCUGUGCUAA